AUGCCUAAGCAUUUAAAUAGCCGUGCGAAAGAAUUAGUGGGGUAUCUAAUAAGAUAUUUUGAAGAAGAACGAGAUAAUGGUGGCCCUUUAUUAUCAAUAAAUGCAGUCAGAGAGCGUGUAACGGCGGCGUUGAAUUUAAAUAUUUCGAUGGUUAACUCAAUUUCUCAGGCAUUAAAGAAUAACCAUAUUUUAAAUUCUCCUCCUAAAAGGCGACCACGUCCCAAAUCUGUAACUGAAAUUUUCAAUUCUGACUCCAUUCGUGAAGAAGGAACUUGCGAAAUUACAUGGAACUUUAAUGCAAAGAGAAAUAUUUAUGGGCAGUAG